AUGGAUGCAGUUUUAGCAAACGAAGCUGAUCUAAAUUCCAUUGUCAAAGAAUAUCUGGAUUAUCUGGGAUAUUCGAGGACAUCGUCUGCAUAUGAAGAUGAGUUAAAUUCGCUAGGAAAACAGUUAAAUCAGCUAAUCACACCAAGAAAUGACUCGCAGAAAACUGAAAUUCAGGAUAAAUUGUUGUCAGCCUUUGCUGAUGGAAGAUACGCAGAGUUUUUCAGAAUAUGGGAGGAUUGUAUCCCCGACAAUGUUCAAGAAACUGACCGUGUCUGCCAGAAGCUGGUCUUCAACAUAAAUAUUUACUUCGCACUCUUUCCCAUUCUUCACGGUAACCACAACAAGCGAGAACUGGAGCGAUCAAUGCAAAUUUUCAAGUCGUAUCUUGAAACUAAAGGAGCUGCUUUAAGCCAGACAACAGAGUUCCUUCCCUAUUAUGCAUUGCCAUUUAUUCCUGACCCUACGUCUCAUCCAUCUUUCAAACCACUUUUUGCCAGUUCAUGGAGUUCUGAUCUCAAGGGAGACUUGCAAGUAUUUCUUGCAGCAACUCUUAAGUCAGAGGAAAAGCCACAGCUCUAUACUUUGUUUAUGAGGAAUUCCACAGAGAUAGAGAGAGAAAGAAAACUGCACAAUGAACAACUCAAGAAACUACAACUUCAGCUGACAGCAAAGGAACAGAGAUUUUCCCAAUUUGAAAAGAGAUACCUUAAAAUACAGGGUGAUUACCAUAAGCUCAUAGGUGUUGCUGCUGAAUUGGUGGACUCACUGGAGGAUGCUGUCCGCGGAAAAAUGGUGACACCAGAAUACCUUCAAGACAUUUGCAUGAGGCUCUUUUCUCCCUCUGUUAGAGAGUCUUUAGAUGUUAGCAAGCCAGGAACAGCAAGUUCAAUGCUAAGGGCAUCUGUGGUCAAUGAUGAACUUCCUAGUCUUUCUGCAAGUGUGGAUGUUCCAUACAAACAAACUCUUGACUAUGAUAAGAUAAAGAUGAACCUGCUUUCUCUGCCUGAAAGGAAGAAAGCGUUUCUGUUACAGGCACUGAGGUGGAAUCUGACCCAAGCACCUACCCGUGAACAACGAGACAGCAUUGUUAAUGCAUACAUUAUCCAUGAUUUGCUUGGCUGCUCUCUUGACAGCCACUUGAGAAGUGGAAUACUAGACCUCCUGAAUUCACCAAAUGAAAUAGUUAGACAAUAUUUGGCAAGGUUGUUCAAUGCCUUUGCGUCUCUCUCAGCAGGCCGCUCUUAUUUAGCACAGAAUCAAUCCAUUGUGCAUGCCUUACUGUCAGUCCUAAAGAAGGAAUCAAAAACAUCCCUCACCAGUGAAAACAUUCUGGGGACCUUGCAGAAGCUUAGCCUACGAAGGCAAAUGCAGUCUAUGAUGAUCAAUGGUGAAGUGAUUCAGUGGCUGUCUCAGCUAUUGAUGGACCAUGACAAUCUAUCAGACUACACAUUGGAGUAUUCAGUUGCUCUGCUUAUGAACCUCUGUCUACGCUCUGGAGGGAAGAGAAAGUGUAUCAAAGAUGCUUCUCAAAUUCUGCGAGUUUUAAGUGAUCUCUUGGGGCAUGAGAAUCAAGAGAUACGUCCGUAUGUGAAUGGUGCCCUGUACAGCAUCCUAGCUUUACCUGCAGUGAAAGAGGAAGCUAGAGCACAAGGAAUGGAGGAGAUCCUUGAGUGUUUCCUUAAAGAUGACAACCCUGAUAUGACCAGACAGAUCCAAUUUAUCAUCAAACAACUCAACACUGAUGAUCCAUCUGCAACAAAUGACCCUGAGUCUGAUGACGAAGAUGAAGAAGAUGACGAUGAUGAGGGAGAUGCUAUUGAUGCUGAGCUGGAUAAACAAGAAAUUCUUGAACCAAAUGAAGGAGAGCUGUUUGGUGAUGAGCUACUCAAUACUUGUUAUGCAAUGCCAAAUUCUAAUCUAUCUCAGCAGCUGAAGAACAAGAAAAAGUUUCCAGUUCCUCUUGACCCCAAUCACCCUCUAACAAGACCCACCACUCCUGGAGCAAGAGGAACAGAUGCUAUGCAGGAUAAUACUCCCCAACCAGUAACUUCAACAGUACGACCAAAAUCUGGACAACAGAGCAGGCCAACAACAUCAUCUAAAUCAAGGCAUGGCUCAAGACCAACAACGAAUGGAGCAGCAGAGGAGAGGCCUUCAAGUACCAGGCAAGGAGCAAACCCAACCCCUUCUGAUGGAAGUUCAAGGUCACCCCCUCAAGUGGUUGAGCCUCCUGCAGGUAAAUCUACAUUUAAAUCCCCCUUUGUCUCAAGACCCAAGAUCCCUCGCACACCAGACUCAAGGCCCAGAACUAGCACUCCACCACCUUUAGGACGAUCAGCCUCCCCUCCCAGACCAUCUUCAAAGGAUGGCAGGCCUGGGACAUCAUCAUCAAGGAAAAGCAGUCAUUCAAAUAAACAGUAA